AUGGUCAAAGAGACGAAAUAUUACGAUAUUCUCGGGGUCGAUCCUUCGGCCACAGAGGCCCAACUGAAAUCUGCCUACAAGAAGGGUGCUCUAAAACAUCACCCGGAUAAGAAUGCCCACAAUCCAGAUGCAGCUGAAAAGUUCAAGGACCUCUCCAAAGCAUACGAAGUCCUGUCCGACCCUCAAAAACGAAGUCUUUACGAUCAAUAUGGUGAAGAGGGCUUAGAACAAGGCGGAAUGGGAGGUGGCGGCAUGGCCGCCGAGGACCUGUUUGCGCAGUUCUUUGGCGGUGGGUCAGCCUUUGGGGGCAUGUUUGGAGGAGGCAUGCGCGAUACAGGCCCAAAGAAAGCACGAACAAUCCACCACGUCCACAAAGUGUCUCUUGAAGACAUAUACCGCGGGAAAGUCUCGAAACUUGCUCUUCAAAAAUCAGUUAUCUGCCCACAGUGCGAAGGCCGUGGAGGCAAAGAGGGGGCGGUCAAAACCUGUGCUGGUUGUAACGGCCAGGGUAUGAAGACAAUGAUGCGUCAAAUGGGUCCUAUGAUUCAGCGUUUCCAGACCAUCUGCCCCGAUUGCCAGGGCGAAGGAGAAACCAUCCGGGACCGCGACCGAUGCAAACGCUGCAUGGGAAAGAAAACGGUUGUGGAACGCAAGGUCCUUCACGUGCAUGUCGACCGUGGUGUCAAGAGCGGCCACAAAAUCGAGUUCCGUGGUGAGGGCGAUCAGAUGCCCGGUGUUCUCGCUGGGGAUGUUGUCUUUGAGAUCGAACAGAAGCCUCAUCCGAGAUUCCAGAGAAAGGACGACGACCUAUUCUAUCACGCCGAAAUUGACCUGUUGACUGCUUUGGCUGGUGGCCAGAUCUAUAUUGAACAUCUCGAUGAUCGGUGGUUAACGGUCAAUAUCUACCCCGGCGAGCCCAUCACACCUGGAGCGAUUAAGGUGAUCAAGGGCCAAGGCAUGCCGUCAUUCAGACACCACGACUUUGGGAACCUGUACAUUCAGUUCGACGUCAAAUUCCCGGAAAAGACACAACUCCAGAACCUUGAGCUCCUCGAACAAGUCCUGCCUCCUCGCAUGCAACAGAAACUGCCUCCCCCAGACGGCAUGGUGGAAGAUUUCGACCUAGAAGAAGUCGACCCCCGUCAGCAAGCGCGUGCUCAUGGUGCUGCUGGUAUGGACGAUGAAGAUGAGGAUGGCCUCCCACCUGGAGCCGAGAGAGUGCAAUGCGCUUCUCAAUGA